AAACAGAUUUUCAACAAGUACAUUGAGAUUGAGCUGCAGCUUGGUAACAUUGAUCGUUGCCGGAAGCUAUAUGAAAAAUAUCUGGAGUGGUCACCUGAAAAUUGCUAUGCGUGGAGCAGGUAUACUGAAUUGGAAAGAUCCUUGAGUGAAACAGAGCGGGCCCGAGCCCUUUUUGAGCUUGCGAUUGCACAACCUACACUUGACAUGCCAGAGCUGUUAUGGAAGGCAUACAUCAACUUUGAGAUAGCAGAGGGUGAAUUUGAAAGAACAAGACAGCUAUAUGAGAAGUUUUUAGACCGAACAAAGCAUUUAAAGGUGUGGAUCACAUAUGCAAAGUUUGAAGCAUCUACCAUUGAAGAAGUAGAACAACAGGAAGAGCUACCUGAAAAUUAUGAUUCCUAUCAAAAUGCUAUUAUGGAACAAAGGAAACUUUGCAUUCAGCGCGCCAGAAGAGUAUUUGAAAAUGCAAUAAACUACUACAGAACGUCGGCCCUUGAGCUUAAAGAAGAGAGGGCCAUAUUACUAGAAGAGUGGUUAAACAUGGAAAGCAGUUUUGGUGAGUUGGGUGACCUUGAAUCGGUGCGUUUUAAGCUGCCCAAGAAACUGAAGAAGAGAAGAGAGAUUGAAAUAGUGGAUGGUUCUGAUGGGCACGAGGAAUACAUAGAUUAUCUGUUCCCUGAGGAAUCACAAGCAUCCAGUUUGAAGAUAUUGGAGCAAGCAUACAAAUGGAAAAAAGCAAAAGGUGGUUUCAGAUGAUGAUGAUGAUGACGAUGACAUAGUUGUCAAUAGCGGCUAUAGCGACCGCUAUAGCGUACUAUGUAGCGAGGCGACCAAGUGUCGCUAUCUGGGUCAUAGCGACCAAUAGCGUGAAUAGCAACAGUUAGGUUUUUUUUUUUGUUUUUUUAUGUAAAUAACAAUUAGAUAUAGACCAAAUGU